GCGUUGGGGAUAAUUAGAAGCAGCUCUGAAAAGCAACAGACAUCAGUUUUAGAGUUGGAGGCUUUGAAGGAAGAGAGCUCUAAUCUUCAAUCACAAGUGGUGUCUUUGAGAGAAGCGGACUCCAGGAUGCAGGAUAACAUGGACACUUUUCAACAAAAUGUUGAGGAAAUUAGAGGAGAAAUUUCGACUUUCCAAAAGGACAUAACUAAUAUGAAACACGAAUUUCAAACAAUGAAGUCAAUUAACCUUAAACUACAGAAUGAUGUUGACAGUUCUCAGCAGGAAUCUUUGUUAAUUAAAACAGAAACUAAGAGGCUCCAAGAUGCCGCUGAGGAACUGAGUAAAGGUUUCAAAACCUUUAAAGAGAGUAAUUUGGUGGCAUUCAACGCCAGACUACAUAAAGACAGUUUGGCACAAGAUGCCAUCUUGAGGGAAGUUGACUGCAAUGUCGGGCAGGCCUACGACAACAAAACAGGCAUUUUCACCGUCCCUGUCACAGGCAUCUACUUCUUUAUGGCCAGAGCGAUGGCAGCUGAGGAACCGAGGGACUUUUACCUGGAUAUCAUAGUGGACGACGAGAGUGCUGCUGAGUCAGGAUCCUAUUACGGUGAGCCGUAUCCUGGAAUGAACUGCAUAGUGCACUUAGUUCAGAAACUCAUAAAAGGACAGAAGGUACAGUUGGACGUGGGGUGUGACGUUAACGUGCUAUGUAAAGUAACGUCGUUUUGUGGUGUACUAGUGCAGCCACACUUUGAUCUAGUGUAGCAAUGGCUGCUAUUUGUGCUUUUUUUCAGUAAUAAUAGUAAAAAGAUAAUACAUUUAAUGCUUUUGUUUAUUCAUCAGAUUAUCAAUUAUAAGUGUCGUUGGCAUUUGCAUAAAACAAACAUGUAAUACUUACCUAUUUUUGUCCUCUUUUGCAUCUAUUUAUCGUUAGCCGUAAUGCGAAAAAUGCAUGCCAUCAUUAACGGUUCAUUGUAACUAUAACAUAAAACAAGAUAGAAGCAGUUUGGAGACCAUAAGAAUCUAUUAAUGGUGCUGAUCAUUUAUGAAAACCAAUAGUGUUUAACAAUAUAUCAACAUUUACAAAUGGGGUGAGACCGUCUCAGUUGUGGUUAAUUAAGUGUUGUAAAAUUAAACUUGCAGAUGAAAUUGUUUGAAAGAAGAACUAUAAAAUUUAGGGAUUCAUUAGUGUCGUGAGAUGGGGAGGUAGAAAUUCUCCUUAGCAAGUUUAGAAUACUUGGACGCGUUGACAGUAAUUAAGCAAUCAUCAAUAGUAAAUAUUCCCUGUUAACAACACAAACAAGAUGAGAUUUGUACACUUAAGCAGAUAAUUACUUGUUGAAAGAAUCUUAUGUGUAAUGGACUGGAAUGUGUGUCCUGCGCGCAAUGGUUCACUUUUCUCGCAUGCACUCGUCCAGCAUGAGCCCACACGCUUAAUUGCAACACAUUUCUUAAAAUAUAGAAACUACAGUAUGAAUCAAAAGAAGCUAAUUAAACAAAAAGUGCAUACAUAUAUAUAUAUACAUAAAGGAAUAGUUACACGUAGAUUUCCAAACUAAUCUUCAAACUUAGCUUUCUGGCUCUUUUUCUCCUCACUGGUCAAAGUUCUCCUUACAAGCCAAAGUUCACAAUUUCACUAAUAAACCACUGGUCAUGUGACCAUUCGUUACAGUUCAACAAAUGAUUCCUUACAUCCAGACACAAUCAUAUUUCAAGUCCCUCGGACCUUUUUAACGUCUCACACCAGACGGACCUCCGUCGGCCGUUUUCUAACACGCCAUCCGGAAAAGUGACGUCUCUGCCCCUGCCCCCGACUUCCUUCGUUUCUUUCUUCCGGUGGCCUUGGAGGUGUAGAAAGGGUCUAAAAGCACGUGCUAGGGGCGUUGGUCGCCUCAGGCAGUACCCGGCCUCCAGCUUGACAAUGAGGGGUCGGGCUGUUGCCCAGUUGUCUCCCCCAGGCCGUGGUUGACUCGCGGCCACUUACGUCAGGUGUUGUCGCUAGCGCCGACAGGCCACCGGUGUUGAAGAAGGGAGCCAGACAUUUGGCGCGCCAGUCGGGCCGAUAUGCCGCCAGCUUGACCAGUUCACUACUUUAACCACUCUAAUCAACCCUACCCCAACUGAAUAACACACUAAAUAUACUAAAUACACUAAAUACCACAAAAGUAGAAAACAUAUUUUCUACAUUAUGCACCAAUUUUAUGAAGUACCAUCUUAACUAGAUUCUAUACACAAUUUGUAGGUAUUGCCUUAAUUAAACGCAAAGACAAAAGUCACUAGUUCAUGUCACCUGCACUCUACAGUAAAGUUCAAAUGAGAUAAUAAUAAAACACAGCAGAUCAAUUUGAAGAUAUAUAUAUAUAAUUAGAAAAAAAUCAAAACUUUCAUCCACAAAUAAUAUAAAAAAGCACCCAACAAAUGAAAAAUUAAGCUUAACAAAACACUCUUUUCAUGCCUCCUUUUGUUCACAUUUCGACUUUCAACAGUCUUGAAUGAAACUGUCGGCCAUCUCAUGACUUACAUACUGAUACUCCGAUCUCUCAUCUUUCGCACCUUCUCUCCGCCUAAUCCAUUUCUUCUCCCUUUUCCAGCUAGAAUAAGUAGCAGGUUUGUGACACUCCUUUACAACUCUUUUUUUAAAGCCACACAGAUUACUGACAUAGGACACAUGAUGAUAAAAGUUCACGGGUAAUAAAUAUAAAGACACUAUUAAUUGUUCGGUAAGUUAAAAUUGUUAUACAAACCAAUCAUCAAAGCAGUGUGGUUGAAUACUGAUCUGUCGUUACAGUUUUAAACGAAAUGCAUAGAAAUUAAUAAAUCUUAGUUCCUUUUUUUCUCAUGAAAACGUUGUUGAUAUUGUGCUACUGGCAUACUUAAAAUUGUUGUGCUAUCAUAGACAAAAUAAAAGUAUAAUACGAA